AUUAUUCUCCUCAGCCGGCCAUACACAAAAUCUCAAUCGGACAAUUUAAACUUAACUCAAAAUAUUCCAGAAAUUACGAUGGGAUUCGUAUUGAAAACUAUAAAUGGCGACUUAUUCUCAGCCACAGUGUCACUUGCACAUUGUGUCGGAGCUGAUUUCAAGAUGGGAAUGGGAAUAGCUGUCAAGUUUCGUGAUCUGUUUGGAAAAGUUGAUUAUCUAAAGAGUCAGAAUGUCAAAUCCGGUGGCUGUGCAGUCCUAAAAGUCCAAAAUCCAGACAGAUACAUUUACUACUUAGUGACGAAGCCAAUGACAGCACCAGGUGUACUUCCAAGCUAUGAUUCACUAGAAAGUUCACUAAAAUCAAUGAGGGAUCAUAUGGUAGCUAAUGAUGUCAAGCAGGUUGCGAUGCCACAGAUAGGCUGUGGACUGGACAAGCUACAGUGGGACGAAGUCGAGAAGAGAUUGAGGAACGUCUUCCAAAAUGAUGACAUUCAAGUUGAUGUUUAUGUUUACUCACCAGGAAAAUAAAGACUAUUAAGUACUAAGCUAUGUUGUUU